UAUUUUUUGCUGAAUUGUACAGAGGAGCUGAUAGGACAGAAGCUAUCGAGCCAGACCAAAACCAGGACUCACUUCAAUGCCUUAAAGCAACCUGUAGAGGAAUGGAGACCAGGCUGGCUGAGUGUGGUUUAAGGAGAAUGAGUUUGUCCACUGGGAAGUUAGCUAAGGUGGCAUGCAGUGCAGAAUACAGAGGCUGUAACGCCAGAGAAUUCCGCUGUGUCAAUGGAAAAUGCAUCGAUUUAACUAGAACAUGUGAUGGGAUGAAUGACUGUGGCGAUUCAAGUGAUGAAUUAUGUUGCAAAGCCUGCAAUAAGAAAGCUUUCCAUUGUAACUCAGAUGUGUGUAUUCCAAGCAGCUACGUGUGUAAUAAUGAACUGGAUUGCCUAACAGGAGAAGACGAACACAANACUGGUUAUAGCUUAAACAAUAUUUCUCUUCCCCUCUCCCCUCCCCCCUUUUUUUUUGCUAGGAGGAGCCGUCUUCAUAUUUAUAAGAUUUGGACUGGGAUGUUAGACUCAAUAAAGUACAAUACCAGGAUAGAAACAUAUUCUUUAAAGAACAUGAUCAUACAUGAGAACUAUAACUCCAAAACGUAUGAAAAUGAUAUUGCUUUGCUGGAGAUGAAAACGAAAAAUGAAGGGACUCCAUGUUCUCCACCUGACACUGUGCCAGUAUGCAUUCCCUGGUCACAAUAUAUGUUCAGAGGCGGUCAACAGUGUAAAGUAUCUGGCUGGGGAUUUGAUGAAAAAUCUACAAGGCAAUAUAUUCUUAAGUGGGGUUAUAUUAAUCUAAUGGAUAACUGUUCAGAAAUCUACAAGAAUCGAUUUUUCAAAGGAAUGGAAUGUGCCGGUACAGAUGAUGGUUCUGUAGAUGCCUGUAAGGGCGAUUCAGGAGGACCUUUGGUUUGCUUUGACCCUAACAAUGUGGGAUAUCUUUGGGGUAUUGUGAGCUGGGGUGAAAACUGUGGUGAAAGGGGACAUCCUGGUGUUUAUACAAAAGUGGCACACUAUUUUGAUUGGAUUGCUCGACAUACUGGAAUAAAUCUCAUUUCCAAAUAUAAUUUGUGAUUGUUAGAAUGCAAAUAUUCUCCCCUUUUACCUGCAUUAAUGAAACACAGAUCAACUAGAAAACUGGUAGCUCAGUUCAACAAAUAUUAAGUACUUGAAGUUUAACUGAUUUAACUAUACAACAACAGUUCCUAUACAAUUUGAAAUUUUGCUUUGUUGUUUGUGCCUUUGAGUCGGCCUUGACUCUUGGCAGCUGCCUGGUCCCUGCAAUUUCAGUAAGAUUUCAGAAUGGUUUGCCAUUCCCUCUUCAUAGGGGCUGAAGCAGAAUUGACUGGUUCGAGGUUGGCCAGGUAGCUUUGCACCUAAGGAUUCUAGCCUGAUGAUUUAAACAUUAUAAUAAAUUGGAAAUGGUAGAAUUAAUUGAAACAUCUUCCUAAGUAGAUAUAUUACUAUAUAUAAAAGUAGAGUUUAAGCCUGUUAAAAUCUCUAGUACUUAAAAGCGUAUUUCAAUAUCGAUUAUGCCCCAGACGAACUCUAGUGACUUAUAAAAUUGUACAUUUAUGGCUUUAAAACCUUGCUGACUUUUUAGAAAAAUCUGCUCUAUUUUUUAUGUAUUCUCUUUGUAUAUUCAAAUAAAAAAUGAUGUAUGCAACAAGCAA